AUGAGCCUCAAGGAAAAUCAAAGCUUUCGUGUGAGCUUCUAUGCUUCUAGCGCUCCAGGGUGCAUUGUCGCGUGGGUCAUCGCUAAUAACGCUAUCACAACCUUGUUCCUCGUGCCAUCUCUCCUACAGAGCGGGCCGUUCAUCAAGCCCGAGCCCGAAGAGCAGCGCAUCACGCCUCUUGCUCACUCUGCGUCAUGGCAGGCCGAAGCAGACAUCAAACCGGUGGUCAAGCCCGAGCCUCUCGAUGCGUCGUAUAUGCCUCCCGCCCCUGUGAACGCGCCCCUCGGGCCGCAGGCAGACAUGAAAGGACCCCUUCCAGCAGAACAGCAAGCUGUCGCUCCGCGUAGCUUUUACAAAGUUUACGAACGCGCAGAAGACAUCGAGUACGCCCCUGAGCAAGCACUCAAGGAAGGCAUGGGUAUGGUCAAGGCGCUCAGGACGAACAUUAAGCGGGUUCACCUAGGAAGCAAGAUGCGCGAGAGCGUGUGGAAAGAUGAGAUAGAAAGCUUGUUGAGCCAAGGUGCUCCGACAACGAUGAUCGCGGUAUGCGGUGCCACCGGCGCCGGGAAAUCUUCGAUAUUGAACGCCAUUUUGGACGACAAUGUUGUCCCCACUAGUGGUAUGCGCGCCUGCACCGCUGUAGUAACCGAGAUAGCGUAUCAUAAGAAGACUAUCGAUGGAGAUGUAUCCUUCCUUUCAGAACAUGAAUGGCGCGACGAGCUCAAGGUACUCGUCGAAGACAUGGUCGACGAAGACGGCAAUAUCAAGCGAAGCACAGAUUUGCGAAGCGACGCUGGUGUUGCAUGGUCGAAAGUGCACGCCGUGUACCCGUCAAUCUCUCAAGAGCAGCUCGUGCGCAUGAGCAUUGACCAGAUUAUCGCGCGUGACCCGAAGAUCGCGAAGCUGCUUGGCACCACCAAGCAGAUUUCCUCCCCGGACUCGAAGGCGUUCGCCAAAGAGAUCAGCAAGUAUAUCGACUCCAAGGACCAGAAGCGUGGCGACAAGAAAGACAAGAAGAAAGACAAGGAGAAGAAAGACAGGGAGAAGAAAGAUGAUGGGCCCGCUUUUUGGCCGCUCAUCCGACAAGUUCGCGUUAAAUGUAAUGCGGCAGCACUCUCGACUGGCGCUAUUUUGGUGGACCUACCAGGUGUAGCUGAUGCCAACGCCGCGCGAAACAGCAUCGCGAAAGAUUACAUGAAGAAGUGUGACUGUGUCUGGAUUCUUGCACCCAUCACACGUGCAGUAGACGACAAGACUGCCAGAGAUCUUAUGGGAGACGCGUUUAAGAUGCAGUUGAUGAUGGGUGACUACGAUGCCAACGCGAUCACAUUCAUUGCCACCAAAUGCGACGACGUCUCGUGCUCGGAGGUCAUCAGAGGUCUCGCACUCGAUGGAGACCCGGACCUCGAGGAAAUCGACGAGGAGAUCGAGAAGAGCUUGGAAGAGAUUGAAGUGAACAAGGUGAAGAAGGCAGAGGCCGAAGCUGCUGGAAAAGACGUCCAAGCUCAGCUGGCGCAUUCCCGUGAGCUUUUGAAGGAGUAUCAAGAUCACCUCAAGGCUCUUGAGAACGGAGAGCCGUUUGAGCCGAAACUGACCUCUAAGAAGGCUUUGACGAAGGCUUCGUCGAGUAAGACGUCGGCCGAAUCAGACUCGGAUUCCGACACAGAUUCAGGUUCCGACUCCGAAGCCGCCUCUGGGAGCGACCUCGAUUCGCCGACGGGCAAGAAGCGCAAGAACAAACGGGGUGAUAAGGCUAAGGUCCAUCCCGCGAAGAAGCGCAAGGCAAACAAGACCAAGAAGGACAAGCAUCGUCCGAGGGCCUCGAGCGCAAUGGAUGUCGAUGAGGACGAUGAAGACGACUUCAUGGUAGAGGACGAGCUUGUUUUUAGCGACAGCGAUGCGAACAGUGGCGAGGAUAACAGUGAUGACGACUCUUCCAGCUCCAGCUCCGACUCAGAAUCCGAGAAAGGCGAGGACGCUAUGGACGCCGAAGACGAGGUGACCCCGGAGAGUGUCAAGGCUAGGAUCGCAGAGGUCAAGCAAGCGAUUACGGACGGCCGUGCUCAACUCAACAUCUUCAGGCAACAGCGAAAGGACGCCGUCGAUACCCUCGCCUCUGCCAAGAAGCGCCAGAUCGACGCUCAGAGACGCAAGAACGGUUUCUGCUCUCUCAAGCGAUCAGGGUUCUCUCGCGACGUCUUGAAGGAAGACUUCCGUACCGGGUUGAAGGACUUGGAUGAUGCAGAGCAAGAGAAGCAGAACCCUGACUCGUUCGAUCCCACAGUGAACAUUAGAGAUUACAGCUCCAUCGACCUCCCUGUGUUCACAUGCUCCGCACGCGAUUAUGUCCGCAUGAAAGGACAAGUCAAGGGCGACGGUGAUCCCACGUGUUUCACCAGCACCAAGGAUACCGGAAUUCCCGCUCUGCAAGAAUGGUGCCACCAGUUGACGAUCUCGUCUCGCUCUCGUGCUGCCCGUAACUUCCUCACCCACCUUUCGACAUUCUCCAAGAACGUUCGCGCCUUCCUGCAAGGUAUCGGUGAAGUCACUGAGGCGGACCGGUUGACGAUGAAGACCAAGUGGGAAUCUAAGAUGGCUGGCAUGGAUCCCUUCUAUGAUCAAUUUGAUCCUUACUACGACUCCGCCGAGGAGGAUGAUGACGACGGCAUGGACGACUUUAUGAAUUUACCCCCAGGCCUCCAACCACAAUUCUUCUACAAGAUGAAACAAACCAAAGUCGGCCCAGAUGGCGAGCCAGUUGGUAUCACACCCCGGCUCAUCAGGGAAUUCCAAACUGUCAUCGACGCUUGUGUGGAGGAGCUUCAAGAACGCUUCCGCGAUGGCCUUGAGGAAAGAUGCCAUCUCGGCGCGCUCAACGCGGCUUCGGCUGCUGUACAAACGUCGGACACUUUCGCUGCGAGCAUGCACUGGGCCACGUACCGUGCUACCCUUCGUCGCCACGGCUCCUGGCGUCAGGACCUCAACGUCGAGCUCACCAAUCCCUUCACGCGCCAAAUUGCCAGCUCAUGGUCGAAGGUUUUCGAAGCCGACCUCUUCGUCUCGUUCGAACAAGCUUCGAACGAAGUAAUCCAGCGUCUCCUCAGCGACAUCGAGUCCUCUGCCGCGGCAGGGCUCAAGGACCGCGCGAAGGGCCAGGGAGAGCUCUGCAUGGAAGAGGCCCGGGUCGCGCUCCGCAAGACGCUUGACGUCGUGAGCGAGACGAUGACGACUGAGCAGAAGGAGGUCAGCCGGUGCCUUGCCCCGCACGUGCAGAACCAGCUCAUGGACGGCUACAACCGUGCGAUGGAGGAGCGCGGGACGGGAAGCGUCGCACGGCAGAAGGCGGUCUUCCACGACUACGUUGCGCGCACCAAGGACCACGUUUUCAAUGGCGCCGCGGACGUGAUCAUGACGCGGCUCUCGAAGGCAGCGGAGGCAGUUGGCAUCGCGCUCAAGGGGUCGCUGGUCGAGCUUGCGCGCAAGAUCGAGGUCAGCAUCGCCGUCCUGUGGGAGGGCGUGCGCGACGACCCGGAGCAGAAGCGCGUCCGGGCCGAGUUCGUCGAGACCGUCAACGAAGUGCUCGAGCAGGUGGAACUGUGGAAGAGCUCGGAGAACCUCUCCCAGGCGCUGCUCACCUACACCAACGACGACAUGGACGACGCUGCCUAG